AUUAAAAGUGAACAGUGUUUCUUACAACAACAAAGAACAAACGUCAAACAUCCAUAAAUAUUGUUGUUUGGAUAAAUUUUUAAUGACAUUUUAUACAAACUAAAUAAUGAUUGUAAACACAGAAAAAAUGGAAGAAUUAAAUACGAGAAGAAAAAUAUUAAAUCGCGUAGUUUGUACAUUAUUAGUGGAAGCUGGUUAUGAUAACGCUGAUAAACAAUGUGUUGAAGUUUUGACAGAAAUGCUUCAGUCUUUUAUCGUUGAAAUUGGCCAAUCUUCGAGAAAUUAUUGUGAAUUAGCAGGAAGAACAGAAGUUCUUAUAGCGGAUCUUAUUCUUGCUUUAGUAAAUGCUGGUAUUCGAACGGAUGAUAUUAAUACUUAUGCAAAUAGACCAAAUCGAUCUAUUUUACCACAAUUGCAACAGCAAACACAAACAAAACAAUUGAAUAUUUUACAAGCUGGAGUAAAACAAAAUCAUCCUCCUCAUAUACCUAGUCAUUUGCCAUCUCUUCCAGAUCCACACGCUUAUAUCAGAACUCCCACUCACAAACAACCUGUGACGGAAUAUGAAGCAAUAAGAGAAAAAGUAGCUAAUCAAAAACGUGAUAUUGAAAGAGCCUUAACGAGAUUUGUUGCAAAAACUGGUGAAACACAUAGUUUAUUUCUUACUGAAGACAACAGUAUGUUUCCCUUGAUUGCGUGUAAACCACAGCAUCCAAGUUACCUUACUGCACUCCUGCCUACGGAUCAAGUUUUUGAUCAAGAAACAGAAGAACAAUUUGAGCCCAAACCUGUUAAAAGAAAGAAGCCAGAAAAGAAAGAAGUUGAAGAAGAAAUAAAGGCGAAAAUCGAUCCAGUUGAUCAAAAUGAAGAAACAACGACUCAGCAGGAUACGAUUGAUAAUCCAUACUUAAGGCCAGUACAAAUUCCUAAGAAUAUAGUAACUGAGUCUUAAAUUUUUGAAAUAAAGGGAAAUAAAUAAAAUAAAUGAAAUAAAUCCUUUUGAUUUGUUAUGUAAAUUAAUAAAAGCUUUUUAUUAUACCAUGUAUAUAUAUAGCAAGUUUAGUGAACAAUAAAUAUAUAAAAUUUCGAUUAUCAA